UCAUACAAAUAUUUUGAUUCGGACCAGAAAGCUUAAACGGUCUCUUCAUUGGAAAGAACAUUACGACUGGAAAAAUGCAAGUGAUGAUUUCCAACAUGUCUUCGCCUCCACAUUUUGCUGAAUGUUACUCCAGCGCUCCCUCCAGCCCUCCAGAAUUCAUGACUUUUAUCGUGAUUUCGACUCCUUCUUCACCCUCAACGAUGCUCCAUCCGCUGCUUCUUCCAUCCAAAAAGCCGAACGAGGGUGACGAUGAUUUUGCGUUCUUUGUCAGUCAGGAAUCAGAUGCUGCGUCUCUCACCGCCGAGGAGCUGUUUGAUGGCGGCAUGAUCAAGCCCUUCAAGGGUGACAUGUUCCCGUGUCUUUCAAAAAGCCCGGUUGUGUCUAAUAGGGAUGAGAAAGGUGCUGACCAUGUCUUGUCUCAGAAAAAGAACAGAGAGCCACUAGAAGAGAGACGAGGAAGAGACAGAACGCCGGCGGGGUUGCUUCCGUCGAAUUCGGGUAGGAGAGGAGCCAGAUCCCACUCUCCUUACAGGGUCUCGCAGCAUACAUGGGGUGAAGAACAUGAACAGCGACGUCCACAGCAUCAACAUCAAGGCACGAGAGAGGAAUCUUCAUCGUCUUUCAAGAGCUCUAGGAAAUGGAAAUUAAGAGAUUUCUUGCUUUUCCGAAGCGCAUCCGAAGGGCAAGGCUCCAGCAAAGAUCCGCUGAGGAAAUACUCAGCUUUGUAUAAGAAACCUGAAGAUGCCAGGUCCUCGACCGACAGCCCCAGUGGGUCCUCAAGAAGGGGACCCAUUUCGCCCCAUGAAUUUCACUACGCCAUCAAGAAAGCCCAGUCCCAAGAUUUGAAGAAGAAAACUUUCUUGCCCUAUAAACAGGGCAUACUGGGCAGGCUUGCCGGAUUGGGAUCGCACAUUGGAUAAUUCAUCCUCUCCAAUCCCCCUCUAUAAACUUAUUCUCCUGCUUCUUCAAUUUCGCAUUAGGUCUUUCCUUUUUUUCCCCCCCGGCCUGGGUUCCUAGUCCGUGGUCCGAGUAGUCCAAAUUUUACUUUUAGAGUGGGUUUGAGAUUUGGUAAACUGGAUUUUUAUCCAUGCAAGUGUAAUUAUAUACAAGUAUAUAUGCACAGCAUUGAGCAUUUUACCUGCUAA